CGAGGCUGACGUGAGUAUUUGUGCAGAAUGACUGGCUCCUUUCGGACCUCCUGGGUCUGCGGCUCCGAGGACUAAAAACCCUAUUGCAUCUUGGGAGUUGGGGUCAGCCCCAGUGCAUGGAGGGAAGCGUAGUCCUUUCCCUCCGCUGCCUUCCCAACUCACCCGCCUCGCAGGCCGCCUUCGCCCCAUCGUUCCCAGCAAGCCCCGCGCGAGCGCCGGCUAUUGAUUGGCUGCAGCGCUAGCAGGAGGCUCUGCCGGCAGCAGUUAUCCAGGGUUUCCGGUACGAGGGCAGAGCGGGCGAAGCCGUCAGGGCGUCGGUGGUGAGGAUCUGCUCCUAACCUAACAUUGCAAACCACAAUGAAGAACCAAGACAAAAAGAAUGGGGCUGCCAAGCAAUCAGGCAACACUUCCAACCCAAAAAACACCCCGGGUCAACCGGAAGCUGGACCCGAGGGAGCCCAGGGGCGGCCCAGCCAGUCGGCUCCUGCGACAGAAGCUGAAGGUUCCACCAUCCAGGCUCCAGGGAAGGCUGAGGGAGCACAAGCCAAAACUGUUCAGUCUGGGGCCCUCCAGGAUGUCUCUGAGGAGCUGAGCCGCCAGUUGGAAGACAUCCUCAGUACAUACUGUGUUGACAACAAUCAGGGGGGCCCAGGCGAGGAUGGGGCACAGGGUGAGCCUGCUGAACCCGAAGAUGCAGAGAAGUCCCGGACCUACGCCUCGAGGAAUGGGGAGCCCGAGCCAGAGACCCCAGUAGUCAAUGGUGAGAAGGAGACUUCCAAGGGGGAGCCGGGCACAGACGAGAGCCGGGCAAGUGACGAGGUUGUAGACCGAGACCACCGAAGGCCACAGGAGAAGAAGAAAGCCAAGGGUCUGGGAAAGGAGAUCACGUUACUGAUGCAGACGUUGAACACGCUGAGUACCCCAGAGGAGAAGCUCGCGGCUCUGUGCAAGAAGUAUGCUGAGCUGCUGGAGGAGCACCGGAACUCCCAGAAGCAGAUGAAGCUCCUGCAGAAGAAGCAGAGCCAGCUGGUGCAGGAGAAGGACCACCUGCGUGGCGAGCACAGCAAGGCUGUCCUGGCCCGCAGCAAGCUUGAGAGCCUGUGCCGAGAGCUGCAGCGCCACAACCGCUCCCUCAAGGAAGAAGGCGUGCAGCGGGCCCGGGAGGAGGAGGAGAAACGCAAGGAGGUGACCUCGCACUUCCAGGUGACACUGAAUGACAUCCAGCUGCAGAUGGAACAGCACAAUGAGCGCAAUUCCAAGCUGCGCCAGGAGAAUGUGGAGCUGGCGGAGAGGCUCAAGAAGCUGAUUGAGCAGUACGAGCUACGGGAGGAGCACAUUGACAAAGUCUUCAAACACAAGGACCUACAGCAGCAGCUGGUGGACGCCAAGCUCCAGCAGGCCCAGGAGAUGCUGAAGGAGGCAGAGGAGAGGCACCAGCGGGAGAAGGAUUUUCUCCUCAAAGAGGCUGUGGAGUCCCAGAGGAUGUGCGAGCUGAUGAAGCAGCAGGAGACCCACCUGAAACAGCAGCUUGCCCUAUACACGGAGAAGUUUGAAGAGUUCCAGAAUACUCUUUCCAAAAGCAGUGAGGUGUUCACCACAUUCAAACAGGAGAUGGAAAAGAUGACCAAGAAGAUCAAGAAGCUGGAAAAAGAAACCACCAUGUACCGGUCCCGGUGGGAGAGCAGCAACAAGGCCUUGCUUGAGAUGGCCGAGGAGAAAACACUCCGGGACAAAGAGCUGGAGGGCCUGCAGGUGAAAAUACAGCGGCUGGAGAAGCUGUGUCGGGCACUGCAGUCAGAGCGCAAUGACCUGAACAAGAGGGUGCAGGACCUAAGUGCUGGAGGCCAGGCUCCCCUCACUGACAGCGGCCCUGAGCGAAGGCCAGAGGCUGCCAUUACCUCCAAGGAACAGGGUGGCGAGGGGCCCAGGGUCCAAGCACCUAGCUCCCCAAGGGUCACAGAAGCUCCUUGCUGCCCGGGAGCACCAAGCAUGGAAGCAUCAGGCCAAACUGGGCCCCAGGAACCCGCCUCCAUCACUGCCUAGGGAGCUGGGAAGGGAGCGAGCAGCCCAGCCAGGCCUGGCCCAUGUGAGGCUCCCGCCGCUGAGGCCCAGGGUGCUGUGACCUGGCUGGCAUCUGACUCUUUGCAGUUUUGGAUUUUGUGGGUCGUUUUUGCGUACAUAUGGCAUAUGUGCAAGGCCUCAUACAUUUAUAUCUGUAAGUGUAAAACGGGCUUGCAUCGGAGGUGGGGGUGUGUACAGAUGAAGUCAGUGGCUCUUCUGUGAGCUGAAGAGUCUUAAAGUGGAGUUGUCGUCUGUGGCUGCCGUCACAGUAAGCUGGCAGGAGAAGUGAUUUGAGCGUUUCCCUGCCCAAUUUGAGGCUCAGCCCCUCCCUCCCUGCUACCUUCAGGGCUCAUGACAGGUGACAUGCCCAGGCCAUGACUGUGUUCUCCUGUUAGCGGGACUUGGGCAGCUCUGGCUCUCCUAGCUCUCCUGGAAGCUCCUUUGCUUCUCUUAACCUGGAAAAGGGGUCACCAGGCAGAGCAUUGACAAGGCACUCAGAGCCAGCGAUCAGACUGCUUCCCUACCUAGGACAAGGGACCUGGAGCAUGUUCUGUGUGGGAUGAUGUGCUGGUAGGGAGCCCCUCAGCUUCCCCUGUGCUCCGGUAGUGCCAGGACCAGGCCAAUGAUGCUUCGCAGUAGCCUUAUCAUUCACAGGUGCCUCUCUAGCCUGCACAGAUGAUUGACAAGAGAUCACCAAAAGGAUUCUUUCUGAAGGUUUUUCGGUUUUGUUCUGUUUCCUUUGUUUUUGUUUUUGUUUUGCACAUGACAUUGUUUGUUUUGAGGAUCUUCUGAGGAAGAAGGGGUGCUAUGGUGGUGGCGCCUGGGUUCCUGGCCUCCAGUGCCUCACCCCCUCACCACCCCACCUGGCACCUUUGCCAUGUUGGUGCUCAGGUUUCCUGCUUGAUGAAGUCAGAUUGUUUGUUUAUAGUGAGAGAAAGGAAAGGGCUUCUGAUGGCUUUGUCACAAGCUUACAAUCCUGGGAGGCCACUGCUGAUGCCACCACCACUGUCUCCAUGCAGCAGUUGCUGGGCACCGGGUCCAACUGUCCCUUUGGCUUCAUGAGUCUGUUUCUGCUUCCUGCACCCACACCACCAAUGUGCAUUCUUUUGAGGUUUGCUGUGAUUUUGUUGCCCAAGUAGUAAGAGCCGUGAUGUGUCCCUCUUGAAUCCCACUUCUUCCUGUGUGGGACCCCCCAGCUCUUGUCUGACAGCUAAUGGAUAAGAAUGAGACUCAGCCAUUGACUGAGCCCCAGAAUUCCACAAAAUGGCUGCAGAUAGUUGUGUCUGUUUUCUUCUCUACCCCCACUCCCACCCCUCAUACGUGCUACUCUAUACUCUGGGAGUCCUGCUGGUGGCAAACCUGCCAGUUUAUUAGUCAAUCUUUGUACAGAACAGUGUUCUGGAACAGCAGAAUGAGUCUUGGAUCAGGAAGCAGGGCUACGCUGCGUUUGGGGUCCUAUAACCCCGUCUCCAGCUGGGCCUCAGCUUCAGUGUAGCUGAGGGAGCCAGAGACCAAGAUGGAUCGGAGGGUUGAGUUUUUGCUUCUUGCUGUAUUUCCCUGAAGUUAAUUCAUUAUCUUAUAAGUCCCUUCAUCUUCCACAGAUAGCCUGCUCUUUUCAGCCCUUAACUUAAAUCCCUCAGAUAAUUAGGUUCAUGAAGAGUGUUAAGUACUCCUGAAUUAUGUUAGGACUUAGACCAGAGAUGGCAAAUUAAUGGCACAGCAUUUCCCCUCUUCCCCCCAUGGUAGGUACCACUAAUCUGCUUCGGAGUAUUUCCUGCUAAAUCCCUGGUAUAUCCUCAUUUCUCGAUUCCCCCAGCAACCAGUAUGAGUGUUGAGGCCUCUUUGCCAUCCCUGGCUGAGAUACUACUCUGCUGAGGAACAUAAGAGCUGCCAACCCCAUACGGGGUUUGCUGGGCUAAGGAAGUACAGAGAAGAAACAGAAGUUUCUGCCUGCCCCCUUCAAAACGAGCAGGAAGGCCUGCGGUGACCCACAUGAUGCCUGCCCCACUUCAGCUACCUCUUAAAGCCCAUAGUGUUGGUGGGGAGGGGACUGUUGGAGCCCAGUGUGGUGUGGGAAAUUAUAGCCCUCAGAAACCAAGGCUAGCUGCUGAGGAUCUACAGUGAGCAAGGUGGCCCCAGCUGUGCAGGGUAGAACCUCUGCUCUCACCUCCAGCCGCCUGUCUCUAGGCAUCCAGGCUAGGCUAUAAUUUGGGGAUCCCAUUCUUCUUCCUGUCCGUUGACCAAAUCUUAACCGAUCACUACAGCUGCUCUGCUUGCUCUGCUUUCCAAAGUCAGCCCAGCUUCCUGGGUGCUGCCCACACCGGCCAGGGUCCUGGGCCAGAAGAAGAGGUGGCCUAUCCAUGAGUGAAGACCAGUUCCUUCCUCCCUGGGGCAGGUCUCAUGCCCAUGACCUCAGUUUUAGGACCAAGAGCUGUGUUGGUUUCUUAGAUUGCUAGCUUUUCCUCCAGGGGACCACAGCAGGUGAGGCUCUGCUGACAGUAAUUUGUGCUCAGGGUCUUGUCCAGCUGAGAGCUUCAUGUACGCCAGAUUCUGAGAGGUGUCAGCAGCACUUUUAAAAAAUUUUGUUUUCCGUGAGGUUUUUGGACCAUGGGCUGCGCUCAGGCACUUUCUAUAAGAGAAUGUUAUGUCUGUAAAAAUGGUUAUUUCCCCUCCUCCACCCCCCACCCUGGUGGCCCUUUGGAGGGCUGACCAAAAGGCCAGUGGAGCUGCCCUGGUGUCUGUGGGGGAGGGCCGAGGCCUGCUGAGUUGGUUCUCCAGCCCUCCCACCUUGCACAGCACAGAGGAGGUCAUCCUAGGGACAUCCAGGCACCCGCCUGGGGGAAGGGUGCUGCCUUCUGUCCCUGUAACUGCUUCCCUUAUGGCCCAACCUGGCUGUCCAGAUUUGUUUGGAGCUGUGCUGACAGCUUUUUUUGUCUCCGUUUGGUAUUCACAACAGCCAGGGACUUGAUUUUGAUGUAUUUUAAAACCACAUUAAAUAAAGAGUCUGUUGCCUUA